AUGUCCGCCAGGGCCGAGCAUUUUCAUGCGCUGGGCAUCAGCAUGCCGCUCGUGCGUGCGCUCAAGAUGCUAGCGAUCACCGUCCCUACGCCCAUUCAGUCGGCCUGUAUACCCGCUAUCUUAGAAGGCCGUGACGUCAUUGGAGGCGCAGAGACCGGCUCAGGCAAGACGCUUGCGUUUGCCCUGCCGAUCCUGCAGCAUCUGUACAAGGACAUGAUCGGUGGCUACGCGGUCAUAUUGACGCCUACGCGCGAGCUGGGCGUGCAGCUGCACGAGCAGUUCCUGGCGGUCGGCCAGGGCAGCCGCAUGGGCCUAAAGUGCGCCUUGGUCUUGGGCGGCAUGGAUAUGACGAAGCAAGCGAAUGAGCUUGGCGAGCAGCGGCCGCAUAUCAUUGUGGCUACGCCGGGACGACUUGUGGAUCUGCUGACGUCGGGUGCGGCGCAUGAAUGGGGCCUAGAGCGAUGCCGCUUCGUCGUGCUGGACGAAGCGGAUCGCCUCCUGUCGCCUACCUUUGCACCUGCACUCGCGUACCUGUUUUCCGUGCUGCCACCCGCCCACCUGCGCCAGACGCUUUUGUUCACGGCGACGCUGACGCCGGAAAUCGAGCGGCUGACGCAAAAGACGCCCGAACCCGGCAAGCUGCCGCCGCUGCUCCGCAAAAUUGAGAUGGAUACGUCGACGCCUGCGUCACUCACGCAGCUGUACACGCUCGUCCCCUCCCACAUGCGGGAGCCUUACCUGGUACACUUGCUGCAUCAUCCGCCGUGCCAAAAGGUCGAGGUUCGCACGGAUCUCUCCGACGUGUACCGCACGCACAAACCCAAGCUGCCCCGCGAGGAGGCGCCGGCCUAUCCUCUCAGCAUCAUUUUCGUGGCUCGGUGCAAGAGUGCCGAGCUCCUGUCUCGCAUGCUCACGGAGCUCGGCGUUCCGAACGUGUCCCUGCAUUCUAUGCUGCCACAGUCGACACGGCUUCACAACUUGCACAUGUUUCGCGCGCGGCGCGUGCCGAUCCUGAUCUCGACGGACGUGGGCAGUCGUGGACUCGACGUCCCGGACGUCGAGCUUGUGGUCAACUGGGAUGUGCCGGCGGCUUGGGAAGACUAUGUGCAUCGCGUGGGACGUACGGCGCGGAAAGGCCGGCCUGGCUGGGCCGUCAGCUUCGUGACGGAGCACGACGUCGAGCUCGUCCAGACGAUCGAGGACAAGAUCCACAAGACACUGACCGAGUGGGACAUGCCCGAGUCCCAGGUCCUCGAACGCCUGUCGCACGUCUCGGCCGCCAAGCGCGUCGCGUCCAUGGCACUUCAUGACGAAAAGUUUGGCGAGCAGCGCGAACGCAAUAAGCGCAAGGCGCAGGCGUCCCAGCCUCGGUCCAAGAAACAUCAUGUACAGUAA